UAUGUCGGUUACAAGUAAAUAAAUAGUAUGAAUGUUUAUCCCGAAGAUUAAAAACAUCUAUGUAUAUAUAUGUACAGAAUUAGUAUGCUUAGGAAAAUCAUGGUUAUAUAGUUAUAUACAUUUGCACAACAACAUCAAGACAUAUUUUACUAAAUUUAUUACAAGGAAAUACAUAACUGGUAUUUUGAUGUAAUAGAUUGUAAACCAAAGAUGCGUUGCUAUUAUCAUGAAAAUAUAAAUAUGUAUAGAUUUUUAUUUGGACAACAACGAACAUUAGUUACGACUCCAAUACUGAGAACAGUAAAAAAGAAAUUGGAGAAAAAAAAAGAUAAAUAUUCAGAUACCAUUUUACUUCCUUAUACAAAAUUUCCAGCACAAUUAAGAGGAGAAAAAAGAAUAUUGGCAGAUGAAUAUCUGAAUAAAAAUCGUGGUUUCUUCGAUUUAUACGAAUGGCAAAGAACCAAUCUUAAAGGAGCAGAAUAUGUUUUACAUGAUGGACCUCCUUAUGCGAAUGGAGUUCCACAUAUGGGGCAUACUAUUAAUAAGAUACUUAAAGAUAUAACAUUGAGAAACAAAGUUCUUUGUGGAAAUCGUGUUCAUUAUGUACCAGGAUGGGAUUGUCAUGGUUUACCAGUUGAGUUAAAAGUUGUUAAAGAUAAUAAUCUAAAUGAUCCUUUAGCUAUUAGACAAAAAGCUCGUGAAUAUGCAAAAGAAGUUGCUAUGAAGCAAAUGCAGGCUUUUCAGUCAUGGGGCUUGAUGGCUGAUUGGAAGGAAUCUGGUUGUUAUUUUACUAAUCAACCCUCGUACAUGAAAAAUGAACUACAUCGGUUUUUAGACAUGUAUGAGAAGGGUGUUGUGUUUAGGAGCUUUAUGCCAGUUUAUUGGUCUCCUUCUGCUAGAACAGCACUGGCAGAGUCCGAAUUAGAGUACAAUAAAAAUCAUCAAAGUAAAACUGUGAUUGUUCGACUACGUGUCAGUGAUUUACCCAAAGAGUUGAAUUCAUUCAAGGACCGUACUGUCUACGCGUUAAUAUGGACAACUACACCAUGGACUUUAGUAGCUAACCAAGCUAUAUCUUUCUCUAAAGAUGCCACAUACUGUCUCGCGGAAGAUGCUACAGGAAAUUUGAACAUUAUUGCAGAAAAAUUGUUAAAAGAUGUAGAAUCAAAGAUUGGAGCUUUGAAAGUAGUAGCAUGUUUGGAAGGCAAACAAUUAGAAGGUAGCACAUAUUUUCAUCCUUUCAAUGAAGAGAAGUUACCAUUUUUAGCUGGGAAACAUGUGACAACGGACGUCGGAACAGGCCUAGUUCAUACCGCCCCCGCACAUGGACCAGACGACUUUUUGGUCGCACUUGAAAACAACAUGAACAUCACGUCUUUAGUGGACGCAGAAGGUCGAUAUACUGAUACUGCUGGUUCGAAGUUUUCUGGAUUGAAUGUAUUAACAGAGGGAAGUGAUAAAGUUUUGAACAUUUUGGCUCAAGAUGUAUUGCACGUCGAGAUGUUAACACACAGUUAUCCAUAUGAUUGGCGAACGAAACAACCAGUAAUUAUUCGAGCUAGCAAUCAAUGGUUCAUUGAUAUUAAUCGUAUCAGAGACAAAGUUAUCGAUAGUCUAAAGAGUAUAGAAAUAUAUCCAACAUGUAAUCGAUCACCUGUUAUGAACGCUUUAUUAAAUGCAGUAAAGAACAGACCAUAUUGGUGUAUUUCGCGACAACGUUGUUGGGGAACUCCGAUACCUGUACUUUACAGUAAGAAGACAGGGAAAAUGUAUACAAAUAAAGAAUUAGUUGAAAGUUUGUGUCAUUCAAUAGACCAAUACGGUCCUGACUAUUGGUGGAAAUACUCGGUGGAGGAUCUGGUAGGAUCAGAUGUCCUUCGAGGAUUGAAUAUUGAUGUUGAUGACGUGGAAAAGGGAAAGGAUAUUAUGGAUAUUUGGUUUGAUAGUGGCAUUUCGUGGUCAGCAGUUCUACCAAAAGGUAAAGCAGAUCUUUAUAUGGAAGGACACGAUCAAUUUAAUGGCUGGUUCCAGUCGUCCUUGAUAACGUCUAUAGCUUUACAAGAUCAUUCACCCUAUAGUGCAAUAUAUGUACACGGAUUUGCGGUAGAUGAAAAUGGCUUAAAAAUGUCUAAAUCAGUUGGAAACGUAGUAAAUCCUGAAGAUCUUUUACGGGGCGGGUCGAAUUCGGCGAAAAAUCCAGUAUAUGGUGUCGAUGUUCUAAGGUGGUGGGUUACUAAUCACGGAGCUCAGCACUCUCAUGUUCCAGUUUCGAAAGAGUUACUCGAGAAAAGUCAGUACUGUAUUAAUAAACUGCGUUUGAUAGUACGUUUUCUCCUAGGUGCGUUGCAUUAUCGUUGCCCAGACGCGAAUCUCAAACCAGAAUAUCGAACUAUUGACAAGUACAUGUUGUACUUGCUGUAUUGUUACAGUAAACAGGUACAACAAUAUUACGACAACUACGAGUAUCCUACUGCAUGCAGAACUAUAAUGAAUUUUAUAUCAAAUGAUGUAUCUGCUUUAUACUGCACUCUAAUAAAAGAUAGACUUUAUUGCGAAGAAGUAACAUCUCCGAUGCGUAUUUCCGUGGUAAAAGUGAUGGAAGCAAUUCUAAAUGUCCUUGUGAGAAGUAUUGCUCCGAUUGUACCUCAUUUAGCGGAAGAAACAUGGCUAUAUUAUCACGGAUAUGACGAAUCAGUAGAACCAUUGCAUCACACAAAACCCUACAAAGUAUUGGAUUCUUGGAAUGUACCAGAAACUGCAAAGCAAAUGGACGCAGCGCUUCAACUGAGAAAGUAUUUGUUGAAUAACACUAACACAAAUACGUGGAAACUGCAUGGUAUCAUACAAGCAACAUCAGAAGAUUUUAUCUAUCUUUCUCAUCUUCAGAAUGAAAAACGGUCGUCGGUAUCUGAAUUGUGUGAAAUACUACAGUUAAGUUCGAUAACGUUAAUAGAAAAUAAGUCGCUGGAAAAAUCAGAAAUCGAAAUACAUGAUAUAUCGAUAACACUAUGUCAACGAUGUAGGAGAUUUUCAAACAUUGAUAAUAACGGUUUAUGUCUGCGUUGUGUCAAUACAAUUUGUAAAAGUAACUUGAUGACUGCGAGGUUAUAAUAUGGUUAUUUUCGUCGCUUGAAGA